UUGGCAAUCAAUGUGACUAGAGAUAAUGUCAAGAACCGACUUCGAGCAUGGACGAAACGCUAUACAGUGAUAGCUGAUGUUCAAAAGCGAAACGGAUUGAACUUGUGGGAUGAAGAUAAUAAGAUGAUCGUAGUUACAGCUGGUAAUAUGAGUGAUUGGCUAUCUUACUGCAAUGUAAGAGCUGUGGGAGAUGGGGCAGAGCAUUAUUCAGAGGCUAAUGCAUCCAUGGGUGAUGAAGAUGACAUGGAGGACGCCGGAUCAGCGUAUACUUUUGCCAACUCGAGUGCACAUGGCUCAAAAUCUCCAGGGAAGAAGCCUAUUGGUGAAGUUAGUUUAGAAUCGCGAAAGAGAGCUAAGAAGGACAGUCAAGUUGGGGAUGCAUUGUAUAUGGUAGCUAACUCAUUAAGUAGCUACUUGAAAAGUAAGAAGAAGGAAGAAGAACCAAAGUAUACAGGGAAAGAGAUCUAUGAUGUGAUAUGCGAGAUACCCGGGUUGACGCAUAUGGAGGUUGCCAAAGUUGUGAUGAAGUAUCGAUGUGGUGAUCCUGAGCAGUUCAAGUUGCUGCUGAAAAUUCCAAAGGAAGAUAGAAGAAUCUUUGUUGAGUGUAUUCUUGGUGAGCCUUAG